CAUCUACAUACUACCUUUUAUGUUAUUCAUUUUUGGCUACAACUCACAUAUUUUCAUACAAUGAUAAACUUAUUAUGUUGAAUAACUGAGACUUGGUUCAAUUCUUGGAGAACAGUAAUGAAUAUUUUAGAUAUGUUAGAAUUAGAUUGAACCCAAGUCACUAACUCUUCAAAAAGUUUCUCAUAUAAUCAAAGAUGAAAAAGAAAAAUGAUCAAAAUGUUGUUUUGGCAUAUGGGUUUAUAGUUUUCAGUUGAACCCAGACAAAAUCUGCCAAAAAGGAUUGAAUCUGCCAUUGAUUUGAGACUCAUUUUUGCUAUUCACCAAUGUUUUCUUUUUGGUCAUUAAUGUGAGAUUCUUGAUCUAGGUAAAACUUAGGUACAGUUUCUUAGGUGUUGUUGGGCUUUUUUUGCAUGUUAGGCUAAUUUCCUAAACAUAUUAGUAAUGUGGCCGAUUUUGAAACAUUUUUAUUAUGUGAGAAAUUAGCCUAAUGGGCAAAAAAAGCCGUGUUGUUGUACCUAAUGGUUGUAUUGUUACAUUGGUCAAUAUAGUUAUGUGGUUUAUUUCAAUUGGGGAACCUAAGUAACUGUAUCUAAGUUUUGUCAUUUUGAUUAUACAUUAUAGUAUAUACUUUUAUCAACAUCCUUAAAAUUCACCAAUGCAACUUCACCUCUGCCCAUAAUACAAACCCGUUAAGGUCAGGUUAGAACUUAGACGUGCGUUAGCUCUUUUUUCUUGGCUAUAUAAUUUGGUAGGUAUAGUGUUAUGGUUCCAAUAAUUUUGAGCUGCAAACUAUGUUUAACAUAAAAGGGGUGUUAUCUAUCUGCAAUGGGCAACUGCAUAUAGGUAGAUUUUUCUUUUUGGAGGUAAGAGCUUAUUGAAUGUAUGUAUGCACGUAUAGGUCUCUCUAGAUUGAUGUGGCUCAGUCAUUACAGGGCUACAAGAAUAUAUUUGUAUCCCUAAUUUUGUAAUACUUUGUAGUUCAUCUUUGUAUCUUUAUUUAUUUUACCUAGAAUAAUAAGCACAACUAUGAUGUAUGGUUCUCAAAUUGAGAGUUGGUGAAAAUUUGAAACAUAAGCGCAAGACAAUCAUCAGAAGGGCUGCAACUGGCAAGCAUUUCCAAACCCAAAAAUAGAGAGUCAGAUAACCAAAUUGGAGCAGCACAAAAAUUGCAGCUUACAGAGACGCAUACAUAGUAUUUAUUAGUGUUAUGGAUCGGAAAGAUAACCAAUCUCCUCAAGGUGAAGCAGCUCGGAUUUUGGUUGAAUUCUUGGAAGUGGCGAUCACUUCUAUUGUUUUCCUCAAAGGGGUUUACCCUUCUGGUGCAUUUGAGAGGAGGAGGUAUAUGAAUUUGGUGGUUCAGAGGGCUCGCCACCCUCAGCUCAGAGAUUAUAUACAUUCUGCUGUCUUUGGUCUUCUUCCUUUUAUCCAAAAGGGAAUGGUGGAGAGAGCAGCAGUUAUUUUUUUCAACACUGAUGGCAUCCCAGUGGAGCGUUUUGUUUUCAAGCUUGCAGUGAAUCUGUCAUAUGGCUCAAAGGUUGAAGAAGCUGACCUGGAGUUCUCUCUUAGAUCAUUCUUAAUCAAGCUUUCGGUCUCAGAAUCUCUUACUAAGGUUCUUCCCCGCGACUACAGGUGGGAGAUAACUGCUUACUUUCGAUCCCUUCCAGAAGCUAGUGCAAACAAGGAUGUGGAGCAAUGGAUCCCAACGGACACAAGGCAGUGGGAGCAACCUCCCCUCCUGACCCCUAUUAAGUCAAUGAGUAGCGAACCUCUCUGUGUACAGUUAUACAUAGAACAUCCAAGUUUAUCUGAACCAAAGCCUUAAAAUGGGGAAGUAUAACAACACUGUAUAUAUGCGUAUAUGUACCUUUAGGCAGGUACUAACAUUUUUAUUUUUUUCAAUAUAAUUUAGAAAUAUGUAUACUCUGAUAUAGCACAAAAAAUUAUAAAGACUGUCCUUGUAAAUCUGCUGCCAAAAAAGUAACUUUAUUCUCCAUUUAGCAUA